AUGGAGCUGAUUGGAUCAACUCUCACUGCCACAUAUGCUCGGCCAAAAACCAGCCACUUCCUCCCGGCCAUCUCCACCAUGGCGUCCAGCUACCGCAACACUCAUCCUGCCGUGAAUCCGUCGGCCAACCUGUGGAGAACCAACAGCUACUACAAGAGCAGCGGCGCGGCCCCGAUCUCCGCCUCCAGGCAGAGAGAGAAUCUGGACCUGGUCCGAGCCCACACCAUGUUCUACCCGUCCAACCGGACAGCGAUGAGCACCCGCUACACCCCGGACGACUGGCACAAGUCCAACCAGACCAACUACUGGGAGUCCGAGUCGUCCCGGAACAGCGCAGAGAGGCUGAGGAGAGACACCAUCCGGCUGAUGCAGGACAAAGAGCAGCUGACCAGGAGAAGCCAGGAGACCAGCAGCAAGAACAUCGGCGAGAGACUCAACGAUAUCGUCUUCUGGAGGUCGGAGCUCACCCACGAGAUCGACAACAUGGUGACAGAGAUAGCGUCUCUCAAUGAGGUGAAGAGGAGGCUGGAGAGAGCCCUGGCCGAGACCACCGGGCCCCUUCAGGUGUCUCAAGAGUGUUUGUACCACAGAGAGAAGCGGAUGUCCAUCGAUCUGGUACAUGACGACGUGGAGAAAGACCUCAUAAAGGAAGUGGAAGCCAUCAAGUCAUGUCAAGAAAGGAUGAGGCGCCACCUGGACAGAGCCAUCGCCCAGCUAGCGUCAAACAGAGCAGCGCAGCACGAACUGGAGCGAGACAUGAGCGACAAGGUGUCGGCUCAGAGGAUCGACGACCGGUGUCAUCAUCUGAGGAACACGUCAGAUGGUAUCGGCUACUACAGAGGGGUUGAAAGACUAGACCCUUCACUCUCUCUCCCAAACUCGUGGUCCAAGUUCUCCGACGACAACAUCCUGCUCUCCCAGAGUGAGCGAGCCGCCUCCCACAAGCUGAGGGACGAGAUAGAGAUCCUGCUGAACACCACGUCCAACGAAAUGUGGAACCAGUUCAGCAAUGUCAACGUGGCCUUCACCAACCGCAUCUCAGAGACGGCAGACGCCAAGAACAGCCUGCAGACUCACUUGGCAAAGACUCUGCAGGAGAUCUUCCAGACCGAGAUGCUGAUCGAGUCUCUGAAAAAGGCUCUGAGAGACAAGGAGUGUCCUCUGAAAGUGGCUCAAACGAGACUGGAGGAGAGAACCCGCAGGCCCAACAUCGAGCUCUGCAGGGACAACCCACACCAUAGACUGGUGGGGGAGGUGCGAGAGAUCGAGGACACCAUUCACAAGCUCCGGGAGAGGCUGAUGGAGGCGGAGAACACGCUGCACACGCUGCUCAAAACCAAGGUCACCCUGGAGCAUGACCUGUCCAUCAAGGCCAACUCGCUCUUCCUGGACCAGGAGAAGUGCAUGAGCAUGCGCAAAAGUUUUCCCAGCAUGCCCCGUCUGGUGGGCUACACAUGA